AUGCUGCAGUCAAAGACGUUUGUCAAAAAGACGAAAAGGGGCAAAAUCCUGAAGGUGGUGAGGGAGCACUACCUGCGAGAGGACAUAUACUCCGGUUCGCCCCUGGAUCCUGAGUGCGACCCUGCUUCCUUCAAACUCAGCCCUGAUGCACAGAGAUACAUCGUGCUCGAUACAAAUGUGGCCCUUCACCAGAUGGACUUCCUGGAGCACGCUGCGGUGACUGAUGUUGUCGUGCCGGCCAUCGUCCUCGAGGAGGUGAGGGCCCGGAACCAGUCUGUGUUCCAGAGGCUCAAGGCACUCACCGCCAGCGACUUCAAGCGCUUCUACGUCUUCGCCAACGAGAACCACAAGGACACCUAUGUCAAGCAGGAUCCGGGCGAGAGCCCCAACGACCGCAACGACCGCGCCAUCCGCCGCGCGGCAGAGUGGUAUUCACAGCGCAUGCCCGGCAAGCCCAUCCUGCUGCUGACGGAUGACGCCGGCAACCGCACCAAGGCCAUCGAGGCGGGGGUGGAGGCCAUGAGCUGCGCGGCCUACGCUCGGCUGCGUGAAGAUGUGCCCGAGCUGUCUGACCUGGUCAGCGCCGGCCUGGCCACCCAGGCUGAGCAGAGAGAAGUCGGGGGCGGGGCCGGGCCCAAGAAGAAGCGGCGAGUGUUUGAGGAUCACAAGCCGCUGUCGGAGGUCACCGCCGGGAUCAAGGCGGGGCGGUACCACCAGGGCACGCUGCGCGUCAGCCGCUUCAACCCCUGGGAGGGGUACAUCGCCUGCCAGAGCGUGGAGCAGGAGAUUCUGCUCUCUGGGCGCGGCGCGCUGAAUCGGGCCAUGGACGGCGAUGUGGUGGCUGUGGAGCUGCUGCUGGAGGAGCAGUGGCGCGGCCCCUCCGCCCACCUGCCCACCCAGGCCGAGCUGGACGCCGCCGAUGCCAGCGAGGGGGAGGAGGAGGUGCUGGGAGAGGACGGCGGCGCACACAUCGCCCAGGUCGACCCCGGCGAGCACUACCCCGGCGUCGCCGGAGCUGCGGGCGGGGACGACACCUCGGCCGCCCGCCAGCCGACGGGCCGGGUGGUGGGCAUCAUCAAGCGCAGCUGGCGCACGCGUGGGUACUGCGGCUCGCUGCAGCCGCCGCGCGUACCGGGGGCCUCACACGGGCCGGGGACGGCCUCGGUGCUGGUGUGCCCCGUGGAGCGGCGCUACCCCUUUGUGCGCAUCACCACCCGCCAGGCGGCCACGCUAUCCGACAAACGCAUCGUGGUGGCCAUCGACGCCUGGGACACCGACUCCCUGUACCCCACGGGCCACUACGUGCGUACCCUGGGCGCCAUCGGUGACAAGGAGACGGAGACGGAGGUGCUGCUGCUGGAGAACGACAUCAACACCGCGCCCUUCACGCCGGCGGUGCACGCCUGCGUCCCGCCCCUGCCCUGGGCGCUGGGCGAAGCCGAGGCGGCCGACCCGGCCCGCGCCGACCUGCGCCACCUCCCCGUCUGCUCCGUAGACCCGCCGGGGUGCAAGGACAUCGACGACGCGCUGCACGUGCGGCGGCUGGCGGGCGGCAACCUGGAGCUGGGGCGGCGGAUAGACAUGCUGCCCAAGCCCCUGACGGAGGACAUCUGCUCCCUGCGCAGCGGCGUGGACCGCCUCGCCUUCUCGGCCAUCUGGGAGGUGACUCCAGACGCACAGAUCCUGAGCACGCGCUUCACCAAGAGCAUCAUAAGGUCGAGGGAGGCGCUGACCUACGCCGAGGCCCAGGCCCGCAUCGACGACGAGCGGCUGACGGACGACGUGUCGUGCAACCUGCGGGAGAUGAACCGGCUGGCCAAGAUCCUGCGGGCGAGGCGCUCCGAGAGGGGCGCGCUGUCCCUCGCGUCGCCCGAGGUCAAGUUCGAGAUCGACACCGAGACCCACGACCCGCUGGACGUGGGCAUGUACCAGCUCCGCGACACCAACCAGAUGGUGGAGGAGAUGAUGCUGCUGGCCAACUGCAGCGUGGCGGAGGCUACGCUGGGCGCCUUCCCGGCCUGCUCCCUCCUGCGCCGCCACCCGACGCCCGCCCCGCGCCAGUUUGAGCCGCUGCUCCGUGCCGCCGCGGCUGCGGGCUUCGCCAUCGACGCCUCCAGCAGCAAGACCCUGGCGGCGAGCCUGGAUGGAGCAGUGCGCGCCUCCGACCCCUACUUCAACAAGCUGGUCCGCAUCAUGGCGACGCGCUGCAUGACGCAGGCCGUAUACUUCAACUCGGGCGAGCUGUCGGUGCCGGAGUACCACCACUACGGCCUGGCUGCACCGCUCUACACCCACUUCACCUCCCCCAUCCGACGGUACGCCGACGUGGUGGUGCACCGGGUGCUGAUGGCCGCGCUGGGCCUGGCCCCCCUGCCGGGGUCCAUGCGGGACCGGCCCCGCGUGGCCGACACCGUGGACAACCUGAACGUGCGGCACAAGAAUGCGCAGCUGGCGGGGCGGGCCAGCGUGGAACUGCACACCCUCAUCUUCUUCAGGGGGCGGACUGUGGUGGCGGACGCGCGCGUCACGCGGGUGAUGAGGGUCCGCGCCAACGGGCUGCUCGUGUUCGUGCCCAAGUACGGCAUCGAGGGCCCCGUCCAUCUGGACGACGCCGACCGAGCUGGAAAGGAGGGCGUCAGCAGCAGCGCCCCGGCCGCCGUCGACUCAGCGCCAGGCGCCGUACCCCGGUUUGUGUAUGAUGAGGAGAAGCAGACCGUGUCGCGGGAGGACGGCGGGGUGGCCUACACCAUCUUCGACACCUGCGCCGUCACCAUCAGCGUGGAGGAGACCGCCGGCAACCGCCGGGUACUGGCGCUCAGGUUGACAGACCGAGCGCAGCUGCCCGAUGGCGAGCGCAUGGGCUGA